AUGCCCCAGGACACCCAGGCAGGGAAGGAGCUGAGGAUGGAGAGCAGGGGGGACAAAUCCCCACAGCAGAACUUUGUGGAAGAGAAGCCCUACAAGUGCCUGGAGUGUGGGAAGAGCUUCAGGCACAGGUCCCACCUGAUCCGCCACCAGAUGAUCCACACCGGGGAAUGGGCCUAUGAGUGUGGGGAGUGUGGGAAGGGCUUCAGCUACAGCUCAGAACUCGUCACCCACCGGCGCAUCCACACUGGGGAGAGGCCCUACGAGUGUCCUCGGUGUGGGAAGAUGUGUCACACCAGCUCCAAUCUCCUCCAGCAUGAGCGGAUCCACAUGGAUGAGAGGCCCUUUCGCUGCCCUGACUGUGGGAAGGGCUUCAAGAACAACUCCACCCUCGUCACCCACCGGUGCAUCCACACUGGGGAGAGGCCAUAUGAGUGCCCCACAUGCAAGAAGAGGUUUCAAACUAGAUCCCAUCUCCUCCAGCAUGAGCGGAUCCACACGGAUGAGAGGCCCUUCCGCUGCUCCGACUGUGGGGAGGGCUUCAAGCAAAAUGCUCACCUCAUCACCCACCGGCGCAUCCACACUGGGGAGAG